GUCUCUAUUUCUCCCUUGUACAUCUCUCGCAAAACCUCCAUAUUUAUUAUUUUCUCUCUGUGUUUAUAUCUGUAUGAUCAAAAUACAAGUUUAUAGUACUUUUCUAGAUUUAUGAUGUUUGAAAUCUGAUAUGAACUUAGAGAAGCAAGCUGAUUCGUAAUUCAAAUUUCAAUUGUAAUUAUGCUGUUCAACGGAAUGAUAGAAAGCUAAUGACAAUGAUCUCAAUAAAACAAUGUGUGAAAGCUGUUUCGACUCUUUUUUUUGUUUGGUUUGUACCAUAGUUUGUCAUGUUGUAAGAAUUAUAAGUGGCUUAAUUUAUGGUCAUUCUGAUCCUGCUUCUCACCACGCAAGCUUGCAUUAGUAAAUUAAAGAUUGCGCUAUGUUUGUCUGAGUGGUCAAGUAAAUCUGUGAAGCCAAUUAGUUGCAGAAUUUGCACAAGUAUGUACAGAACUUUUUGCUGGUUAAAAUACGAGAAAUGUCCAUCAGGAUUCAGGACUGCAAAAGAACCAUCUCACGAUCUGCAAUUUCAAGGCUACUCUUUAAGUUAGGGAAAGUUAAUUGGUUGCUACAAAACUAAAUAAAGAGAGUUAUACAGAAUGUAAAACAAACCAAAACUACGUAAUUCAGUGAAGCUGUCUUCGCAAGCAGUGACGGCUCAUGGCAAUUUUGGAGACGUGAUCUUUCUAAACUAGAAGGUCUAUAACAGACUGUUACGAAUAAACAGACCUGAAAAGAGGGGGAAACGCACUGCUUAUGCCAGAUUAUAUGCUGUUACAUCAUCAAGUGUAUCACCUUGGAAUAGACAAAAGGUGCAGAUGAGAUUAAAAGGUGUAUUAACUUGUUACCCAUGAAAAAGGUUUGUGUGAAAAAGAAUAAGAUAGUGUGUAUAAUAUGGAGAUUUUCCCCAGAUACCAUUUUCUCAGGGGUACAACGACAACUACAACCUAAGUUAUCAGCCCAUUCAACUUUGACUAGGCAAGACAGUUUUUCAUAUCAGAAUCUAAAACAGAAGCUUAAUUAUCAUGACUUGAUGAUGGUAUGAAACUUUUUUCUUAAUAGUAAAUGAAUAAGCAUGCUUCUUAGUCUUACCAGUAUCCUAUUUUGUUAAGGUUAAAAGGAUCCUAAAGUUUGUUAGGCUUUCGAUAAUGUAAGUUUAUUAAUGAUUUCAUUAAUAAAAUUUAUAGUAAAUGGAUAUUUUUAUCUAAAUACAUUACAGAAACCGCACCUUUAAAUUCCAAAAUAUAACAAAUUUUAGCAGCAGCGAGCAAUAUAAAUUCUGAGAGAAAAGUCUGUAAAAUUACAGCAGAGAAGUGCUGGAGUUAAACAACCGGUGUGUUCUCUCUCUUUUUUUCUUGAUUAUUCAAAUUUACCGCCUUGGAAUCUUUAAUUGAUCUUGUUGUAGGAUUAUGGUUCUGGUGAAGGUCUAUUUGCUUUAAUUUGGGUUUGUUGAUCUGGGAGUAUAACGAGGUCGAGUUAUGUUGGUUGAACGUUGAAUUAUGGUUAUGAUUGUUUGGAAUUAGGUUUCAGAUUAGGGGUAGGCAUGAUUGUUAAGUGGUGAUUGUUUCUUCGCUCAAAGUUUCCUUUCGGCUUGAACAUAUAUAUUGUACAUGCACCAUUGUGAAUUAAUCGGACUGGCCUGUAAGAUAUAUAUUGGGAAGAGUCCAUUACAUGGUCUUUAUCAGAAGAACAUAUACUUAAUGGACACUCAGUCAUUCACAAACAUAAUUGUGAGUACUUUCUUGCGGCUCUGACUCCCAUGUUUUUAGUUCAAGUGUCUCGUGAGUCGCGCUAAGGGAUGAACUUUAGGAUUAUAAAAAUUAUAUGAACUAUAAAGAGUUAUCUUUGAAUUGCGAUUUGGUACAUGUCAUCCUGCACUUGAUUACUUCUUCAGUAUUUCUUUCAUAAAGAACUUAUUUCAUAUUGUGUUUUCAUGAACAAUCUAUUGUACUAUCAUUUUUUUUAGCAUCCUAUCUUGUUAAUCUAUACAGUACCAGGCGGAAGAUGAUUUUUUGAUUCCUGCUUUGCUUUUAACAUUUACCUCUGCUGUAGCCUGUAGAAGUAGCUGACAAUAAUAUCAAUGGGUGCCUCCAGUAGACCGAAGUUGUCAGGGUUACAAAAGCAAGUGCUUGCUCUUUAUAGGGAAUUUUUGCGAGCAGCUCGGGCUAAAUCAACUGAAGAUCGAAAACAGAUUGAAUUAAUUGUUUCUGAACAGUUUCGUCGCAAUUUAACCCAAGUAGAUCGCAAAAAUUUUCUUUAUAUUGAACACUUACUUCGUCGUGGGAAGCACCAACUUGAUCAGCUCAAAAACCCAGCUACUAUUGGACUAUCAUCCUUGAAUGUAAAAGUUUCGGAUGUCAAGCACAGCUAAGUUACGAACAGGGUUAGAAAAUUGAAUAACAUUUCUAUGGGAAGCUCAGAUAUGCUUGCAUUGAUGAGGGACUGUAUAUACACUUUUCCUUGUUCAGAGGUAUCUCACAAGUUUUUGAAUGAAUUCUUAUAUAUGAUUAUUUAUUUUAUACU